UCGUCUCCGUUCUCUCUCCGUAUUGUCAGGGUUUAGGGUUUAGGCCGUCUAUCUUAGUUAAUCCAUAUAGUAUGUGCUCUUUCGCAUUCUGCUAGCACAAUGCAUGCUGUAAAGGGUGCCUGGGUGGGGCAAACUUUUGCCCUUGCCAAGCGCAAUGAGUCUGAAGUCAGAAAAUCAAGGAUUCGCCGUUCGAAAGAGGAAAGGAAGGCUAUGGUUGAAACCUUUAUAAAGAAGUACCAAGAGUCUAACAAUGGAAGCUUCCCAUCGCUUAAUCUUACCCAUAAGGAAGUUGGUGGUUCUUUCUACACAGUACGGGAGAUUGUACGAGAUGUAAUCCAAGAGAAUAGAGUGUUGGGGCCUGCAAGGUCCACUUUAGAGGAGCAUCCCUCUCACCAGGUUUUGGAACAAGAUCUAUUAGGUUCAAUUGCUGUAGAUCCUAAAGCUUACCUUGCUGCAUCUCCAAAUGAAAAUCAUCAUGAUCCUAGCAAUCUUCUCGAUACGAGUGACAAAAUGCUUUUUGAGCAGCAUACUAUAGUUGAGGGUCAGUUGUCUGACAAUGGGAAUACACUCAAUGGUAGCCAUGUGGAUGUAAGUAACAAGGAAUUCAACGAAGCAUAUGGAAACGGAAAUGUAAUUAGUGUUAACCAAGUUGAUGAGACAAGCCAGGAAUUGGUUGAAGCAUUUAGCAAUGGAAAUCUUGUCCAUGGUAGCCAGGUAGAUGGAACAAACACGGAAUCUGUUGAAGCAAGUAGUCCUGACUUUCAACUCAGUCAGUCUUUGGCAACCCCAGAGGAUGUGUCCCAAAAUUUGGCAAUGCCUGAAACUAAUUUAAGCCCGGUCAUAGCCGACGUGGCUGUAGAGACAUUUCCAUUAAGGUCUGUUACAAACAUGAUUAAUUCUCCAGAAAAUGAAACACAAAUUUUGGGCUUGCAUAUGGGACAGGAAAGGUCAGAACUCGAGAGUGUUGAGUUAAUGAAGAAUUCUAAUUUACUUGAUGAGAAGCCUGUGGAUGGCGUUGGAAAUACAAAUGCCUCUGGCAAUGACGAGGAAGAAAAACAUCUUGGACAUACGUUGGUCAAAAGCACAAUGCAGGAAGCCCUUGAGGAACGAAUUGCCCAUGACAAUGAAAUAUGUGCUGACCCUCAAGUUAAAGCACCUCAUCAAAGCAAUAUUUUGACUGCUGAAGUCAUUGAGCAAAGUCAAACCAUAUCUGGUGCUAAGACAAAAAUUCAAGAUGGCUCUCAUGCCAAGACCCUCACUCGCACCUCUGCUAAGGAGUCAAAUACUAAAGAAGAAACCCAUGAGAACAUGAAUGAGCUUAGAGUUAAUGGUCAGCUUGGUGGCAACUCCCAGGAAAGCAACCCAACUUUAGAAAGAAUCAAUCUAGAGUCAUGGGAUGGGACGCCUAAACAUUCGAUGAGACAAGAAACAAAUCCAAUUUUUGCCAUUUUCAGAGCUUUUGUAGAUGCAUUCGUGAAGUUUUGGUCAGAAUAGAGUUUUUUUUUUUUUUUGGGUAUGUUCAAGAGAUUGUACAAUCUCACCCGAGAGUAGUCUUUGAUUAAGUGAUCUAUUGUUCUUAUCAUUUUCUUCCUUCCUUCCUUCUCUUGUUAAUCAUUCCCCUAUGGAGUUGUCAUCUUCUUGUCAUGAUUGGUCUGGUCUUGUAUUAUAUUAUGUAUGUCGUUUCUAUGCUUAACAUCUUGCUUUCUUAA